AUGUCCCAUCGCCAAGAGUUCAAGGCACGGGUUGAGAGGUCGUGUCACGGUGCCACCGAGAACUGGCACGGAACUGGGUUCCUCACGGCCUCGUUGGUGGAGGGGCUGAAAUCUUGGCUGGAGGGUGAGAAGCCCAUCGAGGCCAUCAAGGUUCUCAGACUGCUGGCCAUCAAGGUGCGCAGGCACUCGCGGGUAAAGAUUGCGCGCAGUCUGGGCAAAGAAUGGACCAAUCAGAUGUUGUGA